AUGGAGCCUCCCCGCAGCUGCCCCUUCCUGGAGGACAGCUUCACCCGCUUCUCCUCCCAAAGCAACGUCUACGGGCUGGCCGCCUUGCCGGGGGCGGCUCGGGGGGGCGGGCGAGGGCAAGAGGGGCCCGCGGGGGCGGCGGGGGGGCUCCUGGCGGCCACCCUCAAAGGGAAGGUCACUUAUUUCCGCUACCAAGACAUGAGGCGGAAUCUGCGGCCGGUGGCCAGGGAGGUGCAGUUCACCUACAUCCCAGUUGAUGCUGAGAUUGUUUCUAUUGAUACUUUCCACAAACCACCUCCCAAAAGAGGCCUUGUCGUGGGAAUAACCUUCAUUAAGGAUUCUGGAGACAAAGCCAGCCCCUUCCUUAAUAUUUAUUGCGACUACGAACCCGGCUCUGAAUAUAAUCUGGAUUCUAUUGCACAAAGCUGCCUGAACCUGGAAUUACAGUUCACACCUUUCCAGCUGUACCACGCAGAGGUCCAGGUUGCCGACCGGCCGGAGACCGUCUUCCUCCUGAGCGGAAACGAUCCCGCGAUUCAUCUUUACAAAGAGAAUGAAGAGCUCCAUCAAUUUGAGGAGCAGCCGGUCGAGAAUCUCUUUCCAGAACUUAAGGAACUUCCAAGCAACGUGCUCUGGUUGGACGUGUACAACAUUCCCAAUUCGGGGCAGCGGAUUACCGCUUUUGGCUGCCAGAGCGGCUACAUCCGGGUCGCUCAGGUUGAACCAGCCAAGCGGGCGGUGCUGCAGAGCUGGAGCAUCCAACAAGAUGGCCCCAUCUCCAAGGUCCUGGUUUUUGCUCUACCAAGCGUCAGCCAGCCAGAGGACCCCUCUGGGGUUGUGUCUUCGAAAGGUAGCACCGAUCCCAACCCUCCAAGCUACAGCGUCCUCGUCACCAGCACUCUCGAACUCUCGGUGGUCUACCGGAACGUGCUGCACAGUGGUCUGGAGGACCAGUCGGUCCUGCCCCUGAGCGACCAGUACGACAGCGUGCUCUGCGCCCUGGUGACCGAUGUUGACUUUGAUAGUGAACCUGAGAUCCUUCUGGGCACCUACGGGCAGGAGCUCUUAUGCUACAAAUAUCGGGCUGAAAACACGGGGGUGGCGAGCACAGCGAGACGCCGCUGUUUCCAACCGCCUUCUGGAGAUUUCCAUCUGCUCUGGCAGCGCAGCUUCCCCAGCCCUUUGUUAUCCAUGGACUACGUAGACCUGACCUGCGAUGGCCUCUGUGAACUGGCCGUGGUGUGUCUGAAGGGGUUGCACGUGCUCCAGCACAGCCUGACGGACGUCCUCCAGUGUCUUCUACAGCGCCUCCGGUUGGAAGCAACAAGCCGGGCAUCCCAUCUGAAUGUGUCCGUGCAGGACCCAGAUUCCAGGGUUGAGGAUACGGAGGGCCAAGGACCCGGAGCGUGA